AUAGUGGAAAUGCAUCAAUAAAUUCAGCAUCAGGGUCAGGCUUCCAGGAAGCAUAUCUUGGAAGUUGCGUAUUAAUCCUAAUAGCAAAGAGAUCCAUCUCAGGAAUACUCCAAAUAGCAGGGUGUGCAGUAAAACUGUCAGGACACAGCUGCCACUCUGCAGAUCGACUUGUCUGCAACUUUGCUUAGACCUGGUAAAUAUGUGGCUAUAAACCAGUUUGUUUAGGCAUACAUGUAAAUUGGUAUUUAACCCCGUUAUGAACAAAUCUCAAGUAUUUUCUGUGUUCACGGGCAACAGGUACAGUAUAAUAUGCUUCAUUUAAAUCAGUAGAUGCCAUAUAACAUCCAGGAGUGAUUAACUGUAAAAUUGACUUUAGAGUGUCCAUCUUAAAUUUUCUAUAUAUCACUCCCCUGUUAAAACUCUUUUAAUAUCAGUCGACAUUCUGCAUCUUUCUUCGGAACCAGUAAAAUUGAUGAAACAACUUCCUCAUGUGACAUUUUCAGCAGUAUUUGUAAAUUGAUUUACUAUAGUUUUCAAUACAUUUUUGUACUUUGGAAUUAUUUUCUUUGCAUUGUAGAAUGAUCAUACAAUGUACAAAAAUAACUAGAUACGUACUGUACAGGAUAGGACGAAUGCUAUGAAACUGUGAAUACGUUGUAGGGGUACAUUGGGCAGCUAGGGAGACACAGAGACGUCUCUGAGUUUAAAAUGUUUUGGAGGGAAAAUCUGCUGCAAGUCUGUUCUCAAGAGCCUGCCAACUGAUACCUAAGGUUAAAUAGUAUUCAGUGUCUCUUAAUCAAUCUCCAAUUGUCUGUUUUUCAGUUUUGUAAAAUGAACAUGACUUUUUCUUUAUUCAGAAAAAGGGAGUUAAUUCAGUACAGGAGUAAACACUUUGAAAUUCAGAUCACUGUUUGCAAAUAUGUGUUUGCCUCCAUUCACUGAAAAUCUCGCAGUCCCACACUGGAAUAACUUUAGUUUACAGCGCAAAUGAGUUUGUCCGUAGUUUUGAGACGGUCCCUUGGAGCGUGAGAAGGUGUCACAGGUUAGAGGUGUUUCUAACUGUUCAUGAGGCGAUUGGAUUGGAAUCUUGCAAUAUAAAAAAACAGAGUAAACUUGAUUAGAACUAAAUUUAAUACAGAGUACCAGUAAACAGACUACUAAAUACGUCAUACUUUUCACAUAAUGUAAUGUUUUUAAUUUAAACAGUCAAGAGAGUGUGGGUAUUACUAUUAGCGCUGUGUUAUUGUGGUACUGUAUUGGGGAACGUUUUUAGUUUUUUUAAAAAAAUGUUUUACUAGUUGCAUAAGUAACGGGUCGGAUUACCCAAGCCAGAUGUUAAUAUUUAAAUAGUCCACUGUAUGCCAGCGUUAAAUAUUAACGUUAGAAAAGAUAGGUUUGGGUUUGGACCAAACCUAAAAAGGGGGGGAAAGCUGUAGUAGCAGGAUAAAGGGUUGAAGAAAAUCUGCAUUUAAAAAAGCGAGAUUAUUUCUAAAGAAAAUGUUCUUUCUUGGGCGCCUUCUCUCUGGGGGUGCGUGCAAGAGAAGUGUAAGUUUGCUCCGGACGCGUGUCGCUGCUCCCGAGGUGAAGACUUGUGUCAAGAGACACAGUUCGAGUCCCGGCCAGAGAUUGGAUAUUCGGGGCAUCUACCCUCCCAUCGCGACGCCGUUCACACAGAAGGAGCUGGUGGAUUAUCAUAAACUGGAGGAAAACUUGACCAAAUACUCUAAGAUACCUUUCCGAGGGUUUGUUGUUCAAGGUUCAAAUGGGGAGUAUGCCUACCUGACGAGCGAGGAGCGAGUGGAGGUGGUGAGGAGAGUCCGGCAGGCUGUCCCCAAGGACAAGCUGGUGAUCGCAGGCUCCGGCUGCGAGUCAUCCAUGGCCACAGUGCAGAUGAGUGAACGGAUGGCACAGGCUGGCGCUGACGCAGUGCUUGUCGUUACUCCAUGUUUCUACCGAGGAAGGAUGGACAGCCGAGCACUCAUUCACCAUUACACACAGGUUGCAGACGCCUGUCCAGUACCAGUGAUCCUCUAUAACGUUCCUGGGAACACAGGUCUGGAUCUGCCAGUGGAGGCGGCUGUCACUCUUUCACAGCACCCCAAUAUUGUGGGGCUCAAGGACAGUGGCGGGGAUAUUACUAGGAUCGCUCUGAUAAUUCACAAAACCCAAAAUCAAGAUUUCCAGGUGCUGGCUGGAUCUGCUGGCUUUCUACUGGCUGCCUAUUCUGUGGGUGCAGUCGGUGGUGUUUGUGCCCUGGCAAAUAUCCUUGGACAACAAGUCUGCCAACUAGAGCAACUCUGUGUUUCAGGCCAGUGGGAAAAAGCAAAGGCUCUACAGUGCAGGCUCAUCGAACCCAACGCAGCAGUAACACGCAAGUUUGGGAUUGCAGCCCUGAAGCAGGCGAUGGACUGGUUUGGUUAUCAUGGUGGUAACUGUCGUUCCCCCCUCUGCCCGCUUACUGAAUCUGAGACCAAGCAGCUGCGGAAUGACUUCACCUGCAACGGCUGGCUUUGAACACCAAGGGAUCCAAGCUGAGGAAACUCGUGCAGAAACGUUCUCACCGUCGUAUUUCAGGAAUCUCAUUCAUUCUUUCUAUAGCUACAUCUUUCCCAAUCACCCCUCCCUUAUCAAGUCCCAGUUUUUGUAUUUCAAUCACUAAACUAUGUUGUGUAUUGGCUGUUUCCCUAGCAUUUCUUUAUGUAUAAAGUAACCUAUUGUGUUUUUAAUUGAGAGAAGGGUCCUGCGUGUGUCCAGAUUGUGGGGCCAAAAUAAAAGGUCAAAUCACACAUGCAGUCUCCCCAUUCAACAUUUUACACCAAUAAAAGAUCUAAUACAAAACAAAAUCGACCUAAGGAUGGGGAUGUUGAAUAUUUGAGGUGAUUUUCUUUAACUCUGUGUUGACGACGGGUACCUCAUACCACGUAAUGUCAAGAUGUGUGAUUUGAUUUCCAGUCAAAUAGAAUAUUCAUAUCUGCCAUUCUUACCCCUCUAUACAUGUAGUGUGCAGUUCUGUAAAAGAAGAGCAAUUACGAUAUAAUUGUAAUAAAACAUUUCCAGACAUA